AUGGCAAUUGCCCUCCCCGAUGGUCGUCAGCUGAAGGUCCGGCCCGAGCCGCGGGACAAAGUCAACAGCCCUGAGGCCUCCAGCAACCAUGACACUCACCAUGAUCUGAACGACAAGACCGGUGUGGCUUCAAACUCACCGAGAAGUUCGCCGUCCUCCAUGACCCCGUCUUCCCUCAUUACGGCCAUCCACACUCUCUUCACCACCUUGCCCUCUCUCCCCCUCAGCAAUCCCAUUUGGACCCUCCUCGAACACGUCUACCGCCUUCCAAACCCCCCUCCGCCACGAGUCCGGGACCCAUUCCGCCCCAUGCGCAUCAUCUGCGUCGGCUUUCCCCGCACCGGCACCGAGUCGCUCGCCCAAGCUCUCUCCCACCUCGGGUAUUCGCACGUUUACCACGGCUGGGACAUUGUUUACGACCCUUCCGAUCUCUGUUACUCUCCCGGUUGGGUAAGACUGGCGAGGAAGAAGUUCUACCCUGUUCCCGGUGACCACUCCCAGUCCCAGCCGGUGAUAAUGAGAACGGACUUUGAGGAGUUUCUGGGCCAUUGCCAGGCCGUGACAGAUGCGCCGGCUUCCGUGUUUGCUGCAGAGUUGAUUGCUGCUUACCCCGAAGCCAAGGUGGUGUUGAAUAUGCGAAGGGACGAAGACAAAUGGCAGGAGUCGUUGGUGAAGACAAUCAUCAGGGCGAAUGAGAGUUGGGGGUUUUGGAUUGCGGGUUGGUUGGAUCGGGAGUGUUUCUGGGCGUGGCAUGUGUAUGAACGGUUUCUGUGGCCGUCACUGUUUAGAUGUGUUGGUGGUUACGGGGAGUUGGGCAGAGUGGUGAGAGGGGGAGGAGGGAUGUGGGUUUGGAGAGAUCAUUGCAACAUGAUCCGAGGACUAGUUCCGCCCGACAGAUUGCUGGAGUGGUAUAUCGAAGACGGCUGGGGACCGCUCUGCCAGUUCCUUGGCAAGGAAAUACCAGACAUGUCCUUUCCUCAUGCCAAUGCGGCUGCUGGUGGUUGGAAAGCAAGAGAAGAGCAAUGUAACAAGCGGUGGGUGGAGAGGGCCUUUAUCAACUUGUUGUUCCUCAUUCUCGUGGGGGGCCUCAACUCUUUGGUCUUGUUUGCCUGGUGGUGGUGGUGGUGGUGA